CCUUAUUCUGUGAUAUAGGCUUUUCUGGUCAUGUUUUAUUUAAACUUGUUUGGGCGCCUACUCCUGGUUUUUUGUGUGGAUACAUGGCUUGGGCACAAAUAUUUUUUUCUCUUUCUUCAAUAUUUUUUAUCGUUUGUAUAACUUUGGUAUGUAUUGUUGCGGCUGAUGCUGAAAUUUGGCUGAGUUGGUGUUUAGG